AUGUAUCCUGGCGGUUACGAACUUAUCUUCGAGAAUUUCCGUCAAACAUCAGACGGAUUUUUUACACCAAAAUCAAAGGAUGCAAAAGAUAAAACAUUUAUUGAAGAUUUUGAUAAUACGAUAGAACUAUUUGAGGCAAUAGAGAUAGACCCUUCAAGAAAUAAAUUGUAUUCCUCAGAGAAUCUGGAACAUAAAACAUCAUUAUCAAUCCUCAAUGAGAAGACGGAUAUUUUCGGCGGUUGGAAUAAUGGACAGAUUUCCUGGGAUUGGGAUGAAAGUGGAUCGUGGGAUAAAGUAAGCCAACAGGAAAAGGUUAAUAUACAAAACCCCUCAAAUGUGGAGCCAAUAGAAGAAGUAUCGGAAAGUACUACAUCAUUUCCUCAUCUCUUAGUCGAGACGGCUCGCGCCAGUAAGGAGGAUAUCGAGCAGAUCACCGAAAUCGUUAAUCACCUACUGCAGAAUGACGACUAUAUAGUGUUCGGAAAUUGGUCAUGCCAAUGGCCAAAUAAGUGCAGAAAUGAAAAAGGAUGGAGAAUCUUAUAUCUUCGGGAAUCACUUGAAACAUAUCUUAAGUUACCUCCAAUACUUCAGCAUAAAUUUUUCAUCAAGCCAUGCAAGGAAUGCAAAAAUGAGAGCCUGAUCUCUAGCUUUAUUUUGUACGACCAACUACCAAGGAAUUUGAACAAUGAGCCCACCAUCGAGAUAAUCUGUCCUCAUCCCUAUUAUCAUGUCGAGACGACUCGCUCCAGGUCGGAGGAUGUCAAUCAGAUUACCGAAAUCGUUAAUCGCCUACUACAGUAUGAUGACUAUAUAGUUUACGGCAAUUGGUCAUGCCAAUGGCCUAAUUCGCAUCAAGGCGGAGAAUUUCAAGCAGAUAGAGCCGAAAGACGAGAUAAUAUUUCCUCUUCUCCACCAUCAUAUCGACUCGACUCGCUUCAAGGAGGAGAAUGUCAAGCAGGUCUAAAUGAUUACAGCAAUUUUCACUUUUGUAUUAUGCCAAAAUUUCUCGCAUUCCCGCUAACAAAAUGUAGAAAUGAAGUUGGAUGGCAAAUCCAAUAUCCUCAGAAAUCACUUGAAACGUUUCUAAAGUUACCUCCAAGAAUUCAACACGCUUUUUUCACUAAGCCAUGCGAGAAGUGCAAAAAUAGGAGCCUGAUAACGAGCUUCUUUUUAUACGACCAACCACCAAGGCAUUCAAACAGUGUGCCUACCAUCGAGAUCAUCUGUCACCUAGAAUGGAACAAUCACUAUAGAGUGAUCUCCGAAUGGAAAUGUGAACCGUUUUCUCAUAAAUGGCAUAGCUCUUACACUUGGAUAUCACUCCGAAAGUAUUUAGAGCAAACUCCAGCAGUUUAUUUUAGUCCAAACGAUUUUUACAAGCAAAAGUGUUUUGCAUGCAAAAACUUUUGCAAAGAGAAGAAUUGCGUAAAAAUGCGAAAAAAAUGCAAUGCAUGCAAGGAUAAACGCGAAAGAUGCUUUGAAUGCCGUGAUAAACGCAGGAAUUACACGGGAUGCAAGAAAUGCGACCAUGAUGGAAUCAUCUUGAAUUACGAACCUUUAGUACGUUCAUAUUUGAAUGGCACAUCUCAUAAAGAAGAUAUAUGUGCAAAAUGCAUUGCAGGUGUUCGCUGUAUUCAAACCGACUACUUUCACCGUACUCAGCGAGAACGAAUUAUUAACUAUUAA